AUGGAAAAUGCAUUAGUUUCCGAAGUAAAUAUAAUAGCAAGAGAAUAUUCCCCAUCACGAACAAACAAAACUAAAUGACGAGCUUUUAGAAAACCUGCAAUGUCUCCACCUACUUAUAAAAUUGAUUACCAGCCGACAAAUGGAGAUGACAUGAUAGCACUUAUUUUUCAAAAACAGUUAAACAUAAUUGAUGGCUAUUUAUUUAGCCAGCUCUAUAAGCGGCUAAUGCUGAAGAGAAACGAAAAUUUAUUCAAGUCUUUUUUGAAUUUUUGAAACCUCAUCAAUCCAAAUAAGAUGCCUGGAAUAUCCAGAAAAGUUUAUAUUAGUUUAUAUGAAAUCAUAUAUCUUGAGAUAUAGAACUUUCUCUUCAAUAGCGCGAUAAGGCGUGCUUCCUGGUUCGACUAAAAGGUCUUUGGACCAUGAAAAUCUGAUGUUCCUUCUUUGUAAGAGAGUCAUACAGUGAAAAUAAAGAGUUCUGGCUGAUCAAUCUCGAGAACUUAAAGAGAGGCUAUUUGCAAAUUUACACUUUUGUUUCGUCAAAUGGAUCUGGCGAGCCAAUUCUGGCUGGUACUUGAAAUUAUAAAUGAUAGUUGCCAGAAUUUUAUUAAUUUUCUGAUGGCAAGUAUGAUCAGAAUUUUAAUAAAUAGCACAGGAUAAGACAACCCACUUAAAAAAUAUUGUUAAAAUUAAAGUCCCAUUUUAUAAAAUAUAUAAUAAAUUUUAAAAAAUUAUUAUUUUAUUUUUUAAAAAUAUUUUUUAUAAAAACUUUAUUUAUAUUGAUAUAAUUAUUUUAAAAUUUUUAUUUUUUAACAUUUGAAAGAAAUUUAAAAAUAUUAUAAGAAGAAAAUUUUAAUAACAUUAGUAAAGUUCGUAAAGAGCAACAAGCGCUUAGCAUAAACUUUGGCUUUUAUAAAGCAGUUGAUCAUAAUUAAAUUGGCAUCAUUUAUUAAGAAAUCUAUCCUUCCGCAAAAACACAACUCGAUCAACAAGUUUUUAAUUAUUAACUCCAUUUUAAUUUUCUAACGAAAACCAUAUGAGUCAUUAGUAAGUUCGUAAAGAGCAACAAGCGCUUAGCAUAAACUUUGGCUUUUAUAAAGCAGUUGAUCAUAAUUAAAUUGGCAUCAUUUAUUUAGAAAUCUAUCCUUCCGCAAAAACACAACUCGAUCAACAAGUUUUUAAUUAUUAACUCCAUUUUAAUUUUCUAACGAAAACUAUAUGAGUAAUUAGUAAGUUCGUAAAGAGCAACAAGCGCUUAGCAUAAACUUUGGCUUUUAUAAAGCAGUUGAUCAUAAUUAAAUUGGCAUCAUUGGUUUAGAAAUCUAUCCUUCCGCAAAAACACAACUCGAUCAACAAGUUUUUAAUUAUUAACUCCAUUUUAAUUUUCUAACUAAAACAAUAUGAGUCAUUAGUAAUUUCGUAAAGAACAACAAGCGCUUAGCACAAACUUUGGCUUUUAUAAAGCAGUUAUAAUUAUUAACAAAGGAAUUAUUAGAUCGGUUUGAAAGGAAUAAGUUGUCUGAUCUUGUGCCAUUUAUUAAAAUUCUGAUCAUACUCACCAUCAAAAAAUUAAUAAAAUUCUGGCAACUACCAUUUUUUAUUUCAAGUACUGGCCAGAAUUGGCUCGUCAGAUUCAUUUGACGAACCAAAAUGUAAAUUUUUCACACAGCCUCUCUUCAAGUUCUCGAGAUUGAUCAGGCAGAAUUCUUUAUUUAGGCUGUUUUUCUCCCCCAUGAAUAAAGAAUAGCAAGUUUUCAUAUGUUUAAGAUCAUCCGGUAAAACCUAGGAAUGCGCCUUAUCGCGCUAUUGAAAAGAAACUUCUAUAUUAAAUGCUUCCACAGAAGAAAUCUCAGCUAAAUCAAUGGCGGUGACUGAUAUGAAAAUUGAUUUUGGAGACUCAGAAUGUCUAGGACUAGCUGAUUUUUAUGAUGGAUUAUUCGAAUGCUUAGAUACUUUUACGCGAAGUUGCUUAUCAGUAGAAUAUGUCCGUCUUAUGAAAACAAUACAUGGAAGUUUAAUUAAAUCCCAAUGAUUCAGUCAAAUUCAUCUCACUGGAAAAUUACAUUACAGAGAAGGCAUCAAGCCUCAAUACUCACAUUGGAUGAUCCAGUACUUAAAACCUGAAGAAAUCCCAUACCAAGCCUUAAACAUUCCUUCAAUGUUUAAAGCUCCAUUUGGGAACAUAAAAGUCUCUGAAAGGCUUUUAAAAGGAAAUCUUUACAGGAGAGAAAAAUCCAGCGACAUUUUAUCGAAAAAAAUCGAUAUGCUGAUAAAUUCAAAAGAAAAAAGAAGCUUAAGAAGCUCUUGCAAGCCAAGAACUUCAGGUUAUAUUUCUUUUGGAAGCUCAGGACUGAGACAGAAAAAAAGAAGGUCAAGUAGUAUGGAAACUGACCAUUUAGACAUCGUAAGCCCUUUGUCUAUUGCUAUUAAGAAAUCUAGAAGAAACAGCUGCUUGCUAGAAGAAAUUAUUGAAGGCAGAAAAAAUUAUUUUAGAAGAGUUUCAAGUCAUUCACAGUUAAAUGAUUAA